AUGGCUGAGCCAAAGAUUUUCGAUGAAGUGUUUAUCCUAACCUGCUGCCUAGCAUUGCUAGCAGCAUUGGCUACUGCCGACAGCAGUACCGCCAAAGCGCAAACGGAGAAGCAAACGGCAGCCGUUGAGCAGCCAUCGACAAAGCAACUCGGAAAGCGGGAACUACCGGUCGGUGAUUGGAAUCCAGCACCUCAGUAUGUAGAAGAAGCUACAGCGGCAGCCAGCGACUUUCAUGACUACCAACCACAGUAUCAUGCUGAAGCUCUCACUCAAAGCCAUCAAGCGCCAGUAGAUGAGUACCAACCGCAGGCUCAAAAUCAUCAACCGCAGAUCCAUGAUUAUCAGCCGCAGGCUCAGAGCUACCAACCUCAAUAUCAACCGCAAAUGCAAAAAUACCACCACGAGGAACCCAUUAAGACGAUAACAAUCGAGAAGAAAAUCCCGGUGCCAUACACAGUGGAAAAGCACGUCCCAUACACGGUGGAAAAGAAGGUUCCCUAUGAAGUGCAAGUUCCAAUUCCAAGCCCGUACGUUGUCGAACAAAAAGUUCCAUUCCCCGUCAAGGAAUACGUCAAGUACAACAAGUAUAUCCCACAACCAUACACGGUAUAUAAGAAGGUUCCCUAUGAAGUGAAGGUCUCGGUAGACAAACCCUACAAGGUUGAAGUCCCCGUGCCAAAACCAUACUACGUCGAGAAAAAGGUUCCAUAUGAAGUCAAGGUCCCAUAUCCAGUGCCAUACACUGUCGAAAAGAAGAUCCCAUACGAAGUAAAGUAUGAAGUUGCGGUACCGAAGCCGUACACAGUGAUAAAAAAAAUCCCCUAUGAAGUGAAGGUCCCAGUCGACAAACCGUACACGGUUGAAAUUGCGAAACCCUACGCUGUUGAGUACAAAAAACCGUACCCAGUUAUCGUGGAAAAGAAGGUUCCUUAUGAAGUCAAGGUACCAGUUGAUAAACCAUACCACGUGGAGGUCCCCAAGCCAUUCAAGGUUGAAGUGAAGGUUCCCGUACCAACCCCGUACACCGUCGAGAAGAAAUUCCCCUAUACCGUCGAAAAAGCCGUACCCUACCAGGUGAAGGUCGAAAUCGAUCGUCCAGUGCCAGUGUACAAGGAGGUUAAAUUCGCCAUCACCAAGGAGGUCCCGGUACCGGUCAAGGAGAAAGUAUAUGUGCCAGUUCCUGUCCAGCCGGAACAUCAUCAGCACAGCUUCCAUGAAGAACCGAAAUAUCAGCACCAGCAGACGCAGCAGAGCGAACAGCACGUCCUGCCCGAUCAGCAGCAGUUGGCUCAAAGCCACGAUCAGCAGCACUUCCAGCAAGAGCAGCAACACCAGCAGCAGCAGCAGCAACAACAACAACAACAUCAGCAACAGCAGCAGCAGCAGCUCCCACAUCAACAUCAGCAACAGCAACCUCAGCACUAUCAGCAACUGCAGCAGCAGCAGCAACAGCAGCAGCAGCAGUUCCAUUAUGCGCAACACUAG